AAAUUGAUUUAGAACAGACUUGUCCUGAGUCUGCAACUGAUCCUCCAUGUAAAGAUUCUAAUGCUGAAUGCAGAGACACUGGAAAUGGCUUCAAGUGUAAGUGUAAGGAUACACAUUACAAUAAUGGAGGGACUUGUGCCACUAAACCAGAUGCUCCUUCUAAUCUGGAAACAUCAUCUGAUAACACAAACAUUAAUAGAAUAACAUUGACAUGGGAAAACCCAGAUGAAGCAAGAAGAGGGGAGAAGAAUGAUAUAAGUUGGGUAGCACAAACACCAGCUGAUUCUUCAGAUACAGGGACACAUGAAGCUGAGGGAUCUGCUAGAAGUUAUGUUAUAAAUGGGCUCACAGCAGGUGUGGAGUACAGUAUUACCAUCCAAGCUAGGAGGGGUUCAGGUGCCAAUAGUGGACUAAGUGCUGUAAAAAUCACCACUGGGAAGACAUAUCCUGCACAAACCAGAAACAUGAAAGUCACUGCAAGAGACACUACUGCUAUGAUCAUUGGUUGGGAUGCUCCAGCUGAAGGCAAGGUUGAAAACUAUGAAGUAAAUUGUCAAGGAGGGGAAGUAAAAAAUAAAAUUGAUAAUGCUCGUACAGCUGACAUUGAAAGACUGACAGCUGGAACCGAAUACACCAUCACAAUCAGAACUGUUAGUAACGAAUAUCAGAGUCGGCCAUAUGACAAGAAAGAGUAUACAAAGCCAAAUAAGCCAGCUACUGUCACAGUGGACACUAGGGAUGUUACCACCACAGAGGCAAAAGUAAAAUGGACAAAAGGAGAUGGCAAUGUAGAUAAAUUCAAACUGGAGUGUUUGGAAGUGACUGGCAGCAAAGUGGUGUUUACUGAUGACAAUAUUGCAGGAGCAUCAAGAGAGGAAACAUGUACAGGUCUUUACCCAGGUCGACGUCAUACAGCUAGGGUGACAGCAAUGACAAAUGGGGGGACUGUUAGUGAGCCUACAUCAUCUGCAGAGUUCGUAACAAAGCCACUCCCAGUACAGACUGUUCUAAUCACAAACGCACAGGGAACAAGGGACCUCACAGCUACAUGGACCAGGCCAACUGGAACAGAUGUAUCAAGCUACAAAGUGCAGCUCCUCACUGUUGAUUCUGAUCCUGAGGAUGUAGAGGCAGGUCUAUCUAAGACAUGGAAUAACCUAGUCCCAACCAGACAGUAUACAGUCUCUGUAUGGGUUGUCAGUAAUGGUCAGCAGAGUACCAACACUAAUGGCAUGGGAAA